AUGUAUUCCGUAGUCUACGAGCCUCUCUCUGGGAGCGAGACCAAUGCCUACAGCUACGGCACCAGGAUCGACAGACCGUACGAGGGUGAGAAGCCACCUUCGGCAGAGGUUUCUCAGCCAGCCAUGUAUGUCCCUACUACCAACGCCUCCAACGUGCCAAAUCACUUCCCCGUCACAGAGCCUGUAAUGAGCACGUACGUGCCACACUAUCAACCUCUUCAAGACAGUUCGAAUCACGCCAUGACUCCGCAGAACUCAGGACAUGACACCAUAGUCUACCCGACCGAUGUACCAGCGGCAGUGUACUACCCCGAAACAUCCGGUGUUCCUAUUGAUGAUGCGAUCAGCUUUCCCAACCUGAACGCCAGUGACCGUCAUCUCUCUGCGGGGGAAGGUCUGUCAGACCCAUACGGCGAUAACUUGAUGGACAUGGCUGUGUCUUCUGCGUUGCAUCAGCCAUCUUCCAUACCUGCCAGGACGGCCGGCUUCGCAAUGCCUCCCGCCUAUGCCAUGUCUUGCGUCAAGACCGAGGAAGUGGACAUGUCGGCCCAUUGCAAUAGCCUCGACGUUGUGUUCCCUCACCAGCGACCGCCAGCUUCCAAGCGUGGCCCUUUCAAAGACCAGAAGGCGCGAGAAGAGACGGCUGCAACGAGGAAGAAUGGAUCUUGCAUCCGUUGUAAGAUGCAACGAGUUCGUUGUAAAACUGACCCAGAGGACCCCAAGGGUCCAUGCGUUGGAUGCAAACCCAAAUCAUCCAAUAACCACCAAAAACAACUUUUUCGGCAGCCCUGUGUGCGUCGCAAAAUUACAGAAUGUAAUUUCUUUAAACGUGGCCAGGCACCUGGCUACGAAUGGACACGGCGUUGGGGCAACGGCAUCGUAGAUAACAUCAACAACUGGGCAUCGAGUGAGGUGAAGACAAUCCGCUUGUGGGAAGGAUACACACCGGUCGAUAUGUGCGUACAACUCCACGUGCGGGAAUUCAUUCCCCAGCCUGGAGACAAACUGGAUCGCACUUGGGUCGCCAAAGGCGUGAAGAAGUCGGUGGCAAUCCCCACAUAUGCCAUCACGAACCUCGACGAAGCCCAGGCAGCUUACGAAGACUACAUCAAGAGGGGAGUUGUUGGCUGCUUCAAAUCGGUCAUUGAGAGUGUGAUGGGUGUCCGGAUGGGUGUUCGGGAUCAGCUGAUCUACACCACCUAUCUCAAGGCGUGGGAACUGUCACAGGACACCAACACGCCACCGGAUGAACGGGACCUUCUGCUGCAAACACUGGAGCUCUGGAUGGCGGUACGAUUGACGACUAAAUCGAUCGAGAUCGUGGGUGACGAGACGCUUGGCAUGAGCCGCGAUAUACUUGACAGCAGCAGCCCGCAACAUGGAUGCAUUCCUCUUCCUCCAGUAAUGGGGGCUCAGUUGGACUUGGUUCUCAUUCAACAUAUACAGACCAGGCUUCGACGGGAAAUGCUGGAGAAACUGCAGAAAAUGACCCUUCAGAACAAGCAGAAGACGUGGCUGACGACAUACCUGGUAACUUUCAUGUUGCUGCACAACAUCGCACUCGUUACGGACCAUGAUGCCUCGUACGCCCAAAAGCAUGGCAUGGGAAAAAAGUUCGCCCGAGAGUCGGACGUUCAAGAAUACCACCUAGGCGGCACGAUUCUCCUGGCGUAUUUCCACUACUGCAACAAGGGAAUCUACCCGUUUUCCGAAGAGUGCAAAGACCAAGAUCUACGGACGUUGGCGCAGCUAGAUGAAGACGCGGUGCAAUUUAUCCACUGGACACGGUCACAGGCCAUGGCUCAUAGUCUCCUUGACGUGCAAGGAGGCGGUUCCGAUGGUCUCCCUCCCGGUCGGCAAUGGCGGACCACUGAGCAGCCUUCAUCUGGCACUGACGGCUAA